UGUCGAUAUACGUGGCCUGAGUUUCGCAAGAAAAGCGAAUAAUUGUUUUCUUCGUCGGAUUUUCGGGGAAAACACUGCGAAAAAUCAGUGAAAAGCGAAAAUUUUGUCAGUUUAGUUGCUAUUGUGCACGAAUCCAUUGAAGGUUUGUGCAAAUAGCUGCCUGUUUGUGAGGAAAAUCGAUUGAAAUUCACACCCAAUCACUUAAGGGGAGAAAUUUUCAUCGGAAAUGACGACUUACGAAGAGUUUAUUCAGCAAAAUGAGGAUCGCGAUGGCGUUCGUUUCACCUGGAAUGUUUGGCCCUCGAGUCGAAUUGAUGCAACGCGCAUGGUUGUGCCUCUCGGAUGUCUUUAUCAACCCGUCAAGGAACGUUUAGACUUGCCUCCUAUCAUGUACGAUCCCGUUUUGUGUACACGCAGCACUUGUCGAGCAAUUUUGAAUCCGAUGUGUCAAGUUGAUUAUCGGGCUAAAUUGUGGGUUUGCAAUUUUUGCUUCCAACGGAAUCCGUUUCCUCCGCAAUACGCUGCCAUUUCCGAACAACAACAACCUGCUGAACUAAUUCCGGGAUUUAGUACAAUCGAAUAUACCAUCACACGAGCUCCGUGUUUGCCUCCCGUUUUUCUCUUCGUCGUCGAUACUUGCAUGGAUGACGAAGAAUUGGGCGCCUUGAAGGAUUCGCUUCAAAUGUCUUUGAGCCUCUUGCCGCCGACAGCUUUAGUUGGUCUUAUUACGUUCGGAAAAAUGGUUCAAGUGCACGAACUCGGAACGGAAGGAUGUUCUAAAAGCUAUGUGUUUCGAGGCACAAAAGAUUUGACAGCGAAGCAAAUUCAAGAAAUGCUCGGAAUUGGCAGAGCUCCGGCAGGGCCUCAAAAUCCGCAGCAGCAGCAACAACAAGGGCAACAACGAACUCCGGGAGUUCCGCCUGCGAAUCGUUUCUUGCAACCCUUGAACAAAUGCGAUAUGGCUCUAACGGAUAUGCUCGGGGAAUUGCAACGCGAUCCAUGGCCCGUCAAACAAGGAAAUCGUUCGUUACGAAGUACAGGCGCCGCAUUGUCAAUCGCUGUUGGCUUGCUGGAAUGCACUUAUCCGAAUACGGGAGCAAGAAUUAUGCUUUUCGUUGGAGGUCCAUGCUCUCAGGGACCCGGACAAGUUGUUGACGACGAACUUAAACAUCCCAUUCGAUCGCAUCAUGACAUCACGAAAGACAAUGCGAAAUACAUGAAGAAGGCAAUUAAGCAUUAUGAUGCCUUGGCACUUCGUACAGCUGCGAAUGGGCAUUGUAUCGACAUUUAUUCGUGCGCGUUGGAUCAAACGGGGUUGUUGGAGAUGAAACAAUGCGUGAAUUCAACAGGAGGUCAUAUGGUAAUGGGAGAUUCCUUUAAUUCGUCGCUUUUUAAGCAGACUUAUCAACGUGUUUUUGCGCUCGAUGGACGAGGCGAUCUCAAAAUGGCUUUUAAUGCAACGCUCGAAGUCAAAUGUUCGCGUGAAUUGAAGAUCGAAGGAGGAAUUGGAUCGUGUGUUUCGUUGAAUAUGAAAAAUGCUUCGGUUUCUGACACGGAAAUCGGCAUGGGAAAUACAGUUCAAUGGAAAUUGUGUGCUCUUACGCCAAACACAAAUAUGGCAUUCUUCUUUGAGGUAGCAAAUCAACAUGCAGCUCCGAUUCCGCAAGGAGGACGAGGAUGUUUGCAGUUUAUUACGCAAUAUCAACAUCCGAGUGGGCAACGAAGGAUUCGUGUUACUACAGUUGCGAGAAAUUGGGCAGAUGCAACAACAAAUCUCCAUCAUAUAAGUGCCGGAUUCGAUCAAGAAGCAGCUGCUGUAUUAAUGGCUCGCAUGGUUGUUUAUCGCGCUGAAACUGACGAUGGACCCGAUACCCUUCGUUGGGUCGAUAGACAAUUGAUUCGUCUCUGUCAAAAAUUCGGCGAAUACACGAAAGACGACCCAAACAGCUUCCGUUUGGCAGAGAAUUUCAGCUUGUACCCGCAAUUCAUGUAUCAUUUGCGUCGUUCGCAUUUCUUGCAAGUCUUCAACAAUUCGCCCGACGAAACAACGUUCUAUCGUCACAUGUUGAUGCGCGAAGAUUUGACCCAAUCCUUGAUCAUGAUUCAACCAAUUCUCUACAGUUACUCAUUCAAUGGGCCUCCAGAGCCCGUUUUGCUCGAUACGAGCUCCAUUCAACCCGAUCGUAUUUUACUUAUGGACACAUUUUUCCAAAUUUUAAUUUUCCACGGCGAAACGAUCGCGCAAUGGCGUGCCUUGAAGUAUCAAGAUAUGCCCGAAUACGAGAAUUUCAAGCAGUUAUUGCAGGCUCCGGUUGACGAUGCGCAAGAAAUUUUGCAAACGCGUUUCCCCAUGCCACGUUACAUCGAUACGGAACAGGGAGGAUCACAAGCGCGUUUCUUGUUGUCGAAAGUAAAUCCAUCGCAGACACAUAACAACAUGUACGCCUAUGGACAGUCUUCAAUGCCCGUUCCAUAUGCUGCGGAUGGCGGAGCUCCCGUAUUGACUGACGACGUCUCAUUGCAAGUUUUCAUGGAACAUUUGAAGAAAUUGGCUGUCUCUUCGACCUCCUAAAUGCAUGAUUUGACAAAAAAAAAAAACGGGGUGACGGAAUGUUGAUGAGAACUCGAGCGAAAGGCGAUUGCUUGUUUUAUCGUUGCAAUUUAUAAAAA